CGCAAUCAUGUCUGAUCCGUUAGCACCCAUUGUAGAAAACAAAUUGAACGAUUUGAAUAAAAAGAUUGCAGAGAUCAAGAAAAAGAUCCAGCUAUCAGAAGGACAAAGAAAAGCGAAUUUCGAGGAAUACGAAGCCAAGAAGCACGAGUACGCGAAGAAAAUCGCGGCUCUCAAGCAGAGCAUCAAGGAACUCUACAUGGAAUACGCGAACGUGCAGAACAAUGAGGGGAAGUCGGAGAGUAAAAUUCGCAUGAGCCGCAAAUCUUCGGCUCGUGAGAAAAAACGCAAUUUAGGAGAGGCGAUCAACAAAAUGCAAGAGGACAAUGUACGCUUAAGAAAGAAGCAUGAUCUAAUUAAGUACCAGCGUAAGAAGCGACAGCAGAAACUACACUCGUUGCUGGAUGAAUAUGGUAAAUUAAUGAACAAUAAGAUGCAGAAGAUAUUUAAGAGGAAGACGGAGAAUCCAUCGCGAAACAAAAUUGUUAAACUGGAAGUACUUUUGGAACACAUCAGGAUGAUGCAGAUCAAAGCGAACAUAGCGCGAAUGAAAUACCGAUCGAUGUGCUCCGAUUUGAAACAAAGAUCUGUGCUCUACGUAUCUUCGUUAAAAAAUCUGGAAGACGAAAUAAAGGAGCAGGAGAGCGAGAUAAAACGUCUUCAGAGCGUGAAAGAAGAAGCUAUUGCGUUGAAAGAUCAUAUGCAGGAAACGUUGAUAAAAGAAGAAAUUGAAGUUACGAACUGCAGUAGGGAACGCUAUGCGGUUCUCGAAGAGUAUAGGCAACGCGUGUUAGAGAGAAAAAUGGAACUGGAGCGUUUGGAGAAAAUGAUAUUCCAAUCGCGUCCGAGAGACGAUUUUGACACACGUGGAAAGGGUCACGUACAAGUCACGGAGGACAUUAGCAACGACGAGGUGACACGACUGGAAGAAACGUUCGCCAAGCUUCGCAGUGCCACCGGAGUGUCCAGGUCCGAGGACGUUCUGAACCGGUUUCUGGGUCAGCGAGCGACUAAGGAUAAUCUGCAGAAAAUGCGGGUGGCCACGGAGCAAGAGAAAAUGGCGUUAGAAAAGCAGAGGCUGCAGCUGAUCGACGAGAUGGAGACCAGAAAGUUCUCGGAAACGAAGGACGCGGAACAAAACGCGGAAGAAACGGAGAAACUAAACCAGCUUAUCGAACGACAUCGAUCGCGCCAAUUGAAAGCAGAUACGAAGAGACAAAAGGUGGAAGAACUUUUGCAGGAAAUUACCACGACACUGUGGAAUGUGUGCAACAAAUUUCGGGAUGUAGUGGAUACGUUACCUAAAGAUCCAAAAGAAAUCCAACAGCCUUUGCAACUUAUAGAUUUAAUGAACGAAAGAGCGACGAGUAUCAUUGAAACUUUAGGAGGGCCAGACAAGUAUCUGGAAGUACUGGACGAAAUAUCGGUUGACAAGUUGGAAACAGUAUCGAUUACGACUACCUCAGUGGAGGGAAAGGCAGCGCGCACAAACGGAGGGCCACUUUUCCCGCGAUUUCCAUCAUCAGCAACACAGGCCACAAUGCCUUCUGAAGACGAAGAGGAUGUACCAACUAGAAACACUCUUAAGAAACAGGCACAACAAUUGGUCGAUAUUAAAAGUCGUCGAAAAGGAUUUACCUUUAAGAGAUGAAUUUUCUCGUUAGUAAGUUUGCUCUGCGAAUAUGUUGUCUUUCUGUUUUGACGCUAGCAAUCAUUUAUAUAGCAGUGUUAUACGUCGAAUAUAAUGAUAGGCACUAUCUAAUAAAUUGAUUCAUCAUUAACUA